AUGGAAGACGAAUAUAUGGAUACGCAAGACUCUGGCAUGAACGAUGUUAUAAAUCGUUCGAAUGAAGUUAGCGAUAGUGUUAGUGAUCCCUCCAAAGAUUUUGGUGAUACGUCGGGCUAUGAUGAUGGAUUUGAUGAUGAUGAUCCAGGAAACAGCUUCCGAGGAGGUCGAGGUGGACGUGGAAAUUUCAGGGGUCGCGGGCGUGGACCACCGCCUGGAUGGAUGAACGGUCCGCCACCACCAAUGAGGUUCCGUGGUAGGGGCUAUGGACCUGGCGGCCCCCCAAUGCGUGGUCGGGGCUUCUUCAGAGGCAGGGGAGGUCCCCGCUUUGGACCAAAUAAUGGACCGAACUUUGAUAAUAAUUGGGGUCCCAUGGGUCCUCCCCCUCCUGGCAUGAUGGGUGGUCCACCACCCUUUGGACCACCGCCUGGUAUGAUGCCGCCAGGCGGUCCAAUGGGCCCUCCACCCAAUAUGAUGGGUCAACCCCCACCAUUUGGACCACCAGGAAUGCCUCCACCUAAUAUGCCAGCGCCAGAACUCUGGGUGGAGACCAAGUCAGAGGAAGGCAAAUCAUAUUACUACCACGCUCGGACAAGAGAGACAACAUGGACCAGGCCGCAGGAGAGCCCCACAUGCAAGGUCAUCACACAGGCGGAGAUUGAGGCUAUGGCUGCUACAGGUCAAAUCCCUGGUAUGGGAGGUCAGCCAAUGCCAAUGAACGGUCCAAUGGGAGGUCCCCCCAUGGGCGGGCCCCCCAUGGGGAUGAUGCCCAACGGCAUGAUGGGUAUGAUGCCCCCAGGAGUGGGGCCUCAGGGACCUGCGCCGGGUGCGGUGCCCCCAUUCAUGACUCAACCACCUCCGUGGGUCAAGGAUAAUAACGCACAAAUGCAACAACCCCCCAAGCUGCAGGAGAAGCAGGAGAGCCCCGACAACGACGACUCGCCCCCCGGCGACUCGGCGCCCCCCGUGCAGGCCGGCGCUCCGCCCCCUGGGAACAAGGGUAACAUGCCCAACAUGGCGAGCAUGGGGAUGCCCAACCCGGGGGCGGGCGGUGUGGGCGGCGCGUGGGGCGGCUGGUGGGCGCCGCCCAUGGUCGCGCAGCCGCCCGGCCUGGCCGCCGCCGCCGUGCCCGACGCCGGUGCAGCCACACAGCUUCCACAGAUGGGUGCUCCACUGGCGGCCAGCGAAGCCCCGGCCGACCAGCCCGCUGGCCCCAAUAAGAAAGAGGAGACGGCGAUCCCCGCGGAGCUGUCGGCGGCGGCGGCGGAGUGGAGCGCGCACCGCGCGCCCGACGGCCGCCCCUACUACUACCACGCCGCGUCGCGCCGCUCCGUGUGGGAGAAACCGAAGCCUCUGCGGGACUUGGAAGAACUACAAGCGAAAAUAGCGUUAGAGAAAGGAGAGAAGCCGGAGAAGAAAAUAGAGAGACUGGAAAUAAUGGACAGUAAAAUUGAAGUAAUAGACGUGGAGGCUCACGCGGAGGCGGUCGCUGCGGCCGAGGCGGCGGCGGAGAAGGAGCGCGCGGAGAGGGAAAGAGCGGAGCGGGAGAGAGUGGAGAAGGAGAAGGCGGAGAGGGAGCGAGCGGAGAAGGAGAAGGCGGAAAAGGAGAAGGCGAAGACGGACAAGAGUCGGCCGGUGUCGAGUACGCCGAUAUCUGGAACCCCGUGGUGCGUGGUGUGGACCGGCGACGGGCGCGUGUUCUUCUACAACCCGACGGCGCGGCUGUCGGUGUGGGAGCGGCCGGCGCAGCUGGCGGGCCGCGCCGACGUGGACCAGGCGGUGGCGCACCCGCCGCACGCCGCGCACGCGCCGCCCGCCGCCGCGCCCGCUAACGGGAAGGAGAACAAAGAUAAGACCACGACGCCGGUGAAGAGCGCGAACGGCGAGCUCAAGCGUAACGCGGACUCUGACUCCUCCGACUCGGAGGUGGAGCCCGCCAAGAAGCCCAAGCCUGAAGAGACAGCCGCACCAACUACACGCAAGAAGUCGACCAACAUAGACGCAGGCAAGGAGGCAGCAAUGGAGGCGGAGACGCGCGCAGCGAGAGAGCGGGCCGUCGUUCCCUUCGAGCAGCGAGUGCGCGCCUUCCUGCAGAUGCUGCACGAGAGCGACGUGUCAGCAUUCUCACCCUGGGAGAAGGAGCUCCACAAGAUCGUCUUCGACAGCCGGUAUCUGCUACUGGACUCCAAGGAGAGGAAGCAGGUGUUCGACAAGUACGUGCGCGAGCGCGCAGAGGAGGAGCGCAAGGAGAAGAAGAACCGCCUCCAGCUGAAGAAGCAGGCCUUCCGCGCCCUCAUGGAGGAGGCCAAGCUGCAUUCCAAGUCAUCGUUCACGGACUUCUCGAGUAAAUACAGUCGAGACGAGCGCUUCAAGAACAUCGAGAAGAUGCGGGACAGAGAGACGUACUUCAACGAGUACAUUGUGGAGGUGCGCAAGCGGGAGAAGGAGGAGAAGGACAGGAAACGGGAACAGCUCGAGGCGAGCGGCGCCGGCGGCAGGGGCUUUGAGCACUCCGAGCACGAGACGAACUAUAAGGCCAAGACGGACUUCAUAGCGCUGCUUAAAGAAAAAAACGUGGACAGACGAGCGCGAUGGGUGGAUAUUAAAAAGAAAAUCGAUUCGGACGCACGAUACAAAGCAGUCGAGAGUAGUACGAUGAGAGAAGAUUAUUUCAGAGAGUAUUGUAAGAUUGUUAAAGAAGAGAGGAAGAAGGAGAAAGAUGGUAAGGAGAAGGAGCGUGAGCGAGGCAGCAAAAAAGAAAAGAAAGAGAAGGACAGAGAAAAGGACAAGGAACGGGAGAAGGAUGGAAAGAAGGACAAGAAGAAGGAGAAGGGUGGUGACGUGAGUAUAGAAAAAAAGCAACCCGACUUGUCCACGGAAGAUGAAAAAAAACAGCCCACGCCCCCGCCCGACCAGUGGGCGGAGAUAUUGGGCAUACCCGGCGAAGACGACUCGAAAGAGUCGAAAUCGUCUAACAAACGCGACGAAACAUCGGAUGCGAGCGAAAAAUCGCCAUCCCCCAGCCCUGAAAAGGAAGUACGGUCCCCAAAACAGUUGAGAUCUUCCAAAAAAGAAUUACCCACCCCCGAAAAGAAAUCACCCAUAAAAUCACCCCCAAAGAAACGCAAACAAGACUUCAAGUCCCCAGAACCGGAAGCGGAGAAGAAGGGGAAGAAGAAGACGGAGAAAACGGAGAAGAGGAAAAGAAAGAAGUCUGAGAAAGAA